AACUUUGAACCCUAGUAAAACCCUUCACUCGAGGGAGGAAAGACUUCUUCCUUAACUCCAAACCAAUCUUCUCCAAUGGACUUACUCUUCCGCCGGUCCCUCCGCCGUAACUACUGCCACCGCCCCUCCGCCGACACCACCUUCAAAUGGGUCCGGGACCGUGGCCUCGACCACGCAGUUGAGAGGGAAAGAAACCUCAAACCUCUUCUCAACAUCAAGAACCUCAUCAAAUCAGAGCCUUCCAAGUCCCUUCCAAUCUCCAUCAUCACCCAGAAAAAGGACUCCCUGAAAAUCCCCUUUCGCCCCAUUGACUUCAUACGAAGGUACCCUUCAAUUUUCCAAGAAUUUCUCCCUGGGAACAUCGGGGUCCAUCCUUAUAUCAAGCUCACUCCAGAGGUUCUUAAUCUUGAUGCAGAAGAGCAGCUGGUUUAUCAAAGUGAGACCUAUAAGCAACUUGUUGCUGAUAGGCUGUUGAAAUUGUUGAUGAUUUCGAGAAUCAAUAAGGUACCUUUAAAGAUUAUUGAUAUUUUAAAAUGGGAUAUUGGUCUUCCUCAAGAUUAUUUAAAAAGUAUUGUUCCUGAAUUUCCUGAUUAUUUUCGUGUUAUUGGUGAUAAAGAUAGUAAAGAUGGUUGCUUGGGUUCCGGGGAUUUUGGUGAAUUGGAGUUGGUGUGUUGGAGUAAUAAAUUGGCAGUUUCAACUAUGGAGGAGAAGGCAAAAGAUGGGGAGCAGAUUGUUUUUCCGGAGAGUUUUUCAAGCGGUUUUGUGAUUGAUAAGAAGAUGAAAAAGUGGAUGGAUGAUUGGCAGAAGUUGCCUUACAUUUCUCCAUACGAGAAUGCAAUUCAUCUGUUGCCAAAGAGUGAUGAAUCAGAUAAGUGGGUGGUGGCAGUUUUGCAUGAGGUGAUUGGUCUCUUCGGGGCAAAGAAGGCAGAAAGGGAGAAUUUGUUUUGUCUAGGAGAGUACUUGGGUAUCAGAUCAUGGUUUAAGAGAGCUUUGCUUAACCACCUGGGUAUUUUUUAUGUUUCCAGUAAGAUAGGAACCUAUACUGUGGUCUUAAGGGAGGCGUAUAGGAGGGGAGCAUUGAUUGAGAGCGAUCCAUUGAUGAACAUUAGAAAUCAGUAUAUUCAUUUAAUGAAUGUGGUGAAGGAAGAUCGCAAAGUGAUUGCUCCAGCAAGUGGAAGCCAGCAGCAAGAAAGGGAGUUGAAAGGAGAAGAAAAAGACGUUGUUGAUGAUGAUAGUGAGGAUGAGAAGCAUGUUGAUUUAUAUGACUUGUCUGAUUCUGAAGAAGAGGGUGCUAGAUUUGAUAACAUUGAUGACGAUGAUGAUGAUGAGGAGGAGGAGAAGGAGGAGGAGGAGGAAGAGGAGGAGGAGGAGGAGGAGGAGGAGGAGGAAGAUAACCGAAUGAGAGGUUCUCGACAUAAUGCUGCAAUUACUAGAGGAAAUAGAGCUAGGAGGGUUAAUUUGUACAGGAACAGGGAUAUAAGAAAUCCUGAAAGAGGAAAAUCAAUACGGAAACACCUAGGUGCAGCCAAGGAUAAUUCUGAGGAGGAGGAAUAUAGCCAAAUGAGAGGUUCUCAAAAUUAUGCUACAGUUGGUAGAGGACAAACAGCUAGAAAGAAUAAUUUGGAUGGGAAAAGGAAUUUAAGAAAUUCUGAAAGAGGAAAAUCAAUACGGAAAGAGCCAGUUGCAACAAAGGAUAAAGUUCCUCGAAAAUAUGUGCGCAAGGAAAACAAAGGAGAUAAUAAUGUUGCCAGGAAUUCUUGGGGUAGAUCAAAUUUCACUAGAAGCUGAGGGAGUUCAUCAGCAGAGAAGAGAACUUCUGUUUAGUAAAAGAUUGAAUGUGAAUGCUGAAACAAGAUUUUCUCAUAAUUGAUGCAUUUGAGAAUAAAUCCCACACUCUGCUGCAUCACUUGGCGUGUAGUCCAUGAGACUUUUUAAAGAGGAUUUCUAAAUACUGACAUGGCUGGAUCUUUUGUCAAGCAAGAAAAUCAACCUGGUCUGUCAGUGGCACUACUUUGAUUUUGUUUUUUCCUGUUAUGUUUACAAUUUCAUUUCAUUCAUUCUUCACCCGGUUAAUCCCUAGAUUGCUUUUGGUAGUGGAAGCUUUUGCUGUCAAUGUCAUUUUGUCAAAAAUACCAUGUUCAAUUGUAAGAAGCUUCUGGAAGCAUAUUCUUGCUUGUUUCAUCGAAAUAAAUGUUUUCAGUGGUUUAAUGAUGCCGUGUUCUGAGCAUGACUAAAGAAGAGACCUGAGACUAGGAGGAAAAAUGGUGUAUAGGAAGACUUUAAGAUACAAAACUGGAGUGCUGAAGAGAUAGAGUGUAACGGCUGAAUAGCUGGUGAUCUGAUAAACUAGGAAUUGUGAACUAUUAUGACACCAAAUAUAUCCAACUACUUUGGACACAUUUUGGUCUAAAAUGGUUUCUUGAUAUGAAUUCAGCUACUGAGGUGUAAAACUAUAUUCUCUGACCAUUAUAAGAUGCCAAGACUGGCAUUAUAAUCGAGACUGAAGCAUUUUUAGUCUGUGCUGUAGGGGUUGUAAUUGAACAUGAAUGUUGUUUUACCAUUAAUUAACUACAGAGAAAUCCUCAGUUGUUUAAUUAUUCAGUAAUUUACGCGCACUAGUGGAAUACAUUAUUCAUUUUCACAUUGAAUCAAAUCGUGCAACUGAGUUAUAUAUUUGCAGAGGCAUUGAGAUUGUUGCCCUUGUAAUUACAGUUUAUAUCAGUUUUUGUUUUCUCUAGCUGGUUGAUUUGCUUCUGAACUUUUUUACAUGUUAUACACCAUUGUUUCUUUUCAAUUACAAAUAUAAAGCCAAUCCUUUUUUUUUCAUGGAAAUUUAUCUGUUGAUUGUGCAGUUUGUUUUCUGGUCUCUGAGAUGUUGCUAUUGAUGGGAAACC